UUCAUUGUCUAAUAGGAGCGGGCAACCGUCGCUUAGACCGUUUUGGUAUCGUUAAUUUGAAAGAGCUAGACCUGCUUUACCGAACAGCCAAAAUGGCUACGUCGGCCCCACGCAUGCUGCGGUUGGGAUCGUUGCUUGCCCGGCAGGCGGCUCCCUCAUCCCUUCUGCAGCAGCAGUUCCGGACGUUUUCCGACAAUGCCGCUGCGGAGGCAGCCAAAGCAGCUCCAGAGGCUGUUAAGGCAGACUCAGGGUCGAAGGGCAAGAUUCGGGGAGUCCAGGCGCUGAUUUUUGGCGGUCUAGGCGCUGGCAUGUUGUACGGGUACUCGCUUUUCACGUCGCAGCCUCCUCCAUCUGGACCCCUGGCCGGGCCUCCAACGCUGCCCACCGGGACUGCCCCGAAGACUUCGACUCCGGGUGACUACGCUGCGGUUCGUGAUUCCAUCUCUUCCCUCCUAGAAGCUGCGGAUUAUGACGACGGUUCAUACGGCCCGCUGCUGGUACGGCUUGCUUGGCACGCAUCUGGCACGUACGACAAGAGUAGUUGCACCGGCGGCUCCAACGGCGCGACCAUGAGGUUCCCUCCCGAAUGCGAGUGGGCUGCCAAUCGCGGUCUGGCCAUUGCCCGCCAGCUGUUGGAGCCGGUGAAGGCGGCCCACCCCUGGAUCAGCUACGCGGACUUGUGGACGCUGGCGGGAGUAGUGGCCAUCGAGGACAUGGGGGGUCCCUCGGUGGCAUGGCGACCAGGCCGGGAGGACUACUCGGACGGAUCCAAGAUUGUGCCGGAUGGCCGACUGCCGAAUGCGACUCUGGGCGCCAAGCACCUCCGGGACAUUUUCCACCGCAUGGGGUUUGACGACCGGGACAUUGUGGCCCUCAGCGGGGCGCAUACGCUGGGUCGCUGCCACCCGGACCGCAGCGGUUUCUCCGGGCCUUGGACCAACGCCCCCACCACCUUCUCCAACCUGUACUUCCAGGAGCUCGUCAACAACAAAUGGCGCCCUAAGAAGUGGGACGGUCCUCUGCAGUACGAGGACGCCAAGACCGGCACCCUGAUGAUGCUGCCCACUGACCUGGCCUUGCUGUCGGACAGGACCUUCAAGAAAUACGUCGCUCAGUACGCCAAGGAUGAAGAGGCGUUUUUCAAGGACUUUGCCGUGGCGUUUGGCAAGCUGCUGGAGCUGGGAGUACCGUUCCCUUCGGCGGAGAAGGCGGCCGCCACGUCUUAG